GAAAAAUACUUUUUGAAUAGGUCUAUUUGUAGGUGUAUGUAAACUUUCAUAAUAAUUUAGAAAAUAUUUUUCUCAAGUUCUUUUUAGGUUAUUUGUAAUUUUUUUAUAUAUUCAGGAUUUUCAUGUUGAUUCACUUGGCAACUCCGCUCGUUGCGUACAACAAAUAAAAUCUGAAACCAGAUAUUUAAUUUAAAUAUAAGCUUGGCACAUCGGAGAAAUAGUAUUAUUUAAUUAAUAAGCUAUGUAAUUGCCAGUGAUGCUUUAAUUGAUAUUAAUUUAUGCGUAGAUAUUUGCGUAUGUUUACAGAAGUGCUGUAAUAUCGAUCUAAAUUAUAAAAAUUUUGUAAACAAGUGUAAUUCGAGGAUUCGAGCCACUGAGUGUCCAUUGAUAUUUACGCGUGAUUUAAAAAUAUAGAAAGUGCUAAAAAUGAUUUUUUAGAAUCUUAAAACAGUAUUAUUUCCAUGGAGGUAUCUUAUGAGAAUAGAUUCAAGCUUACUCGAGAUGCUAGUGAUAGUAGACAUGUAUUCAAAUUGGAAUUGCUUCAGAAUUCAACGGUGAGGGCUUUCCUAUCUGGAUCAACAUCUGGAGUAAUUUGUACAGUUUUAUUACAACCUCUUGACGUUAUUAAAACCCGUUUGCAAAAUCCAGCUUUAUUUAAAAGUGUAACACUUGGCAGACCUGUAAUAAUUGGAAUCGUAUCAGACGUUAUUAAAAAUGAAAGUAUUAAGGGAUUGUGGAAAGGAACUAUACCCACGUUGGUGAAAACGGUGCCCGGUAUAGGAUUAUAUUUUGGUCUAUUGACUCAUUUUAAAUCAUAUUUCUUCAAAAAUAGAGUGCUAGACCCAACGGAAUCCGUACUGGUUGGGGCAGUAGCACGUUCCAUGGCUGGUGCAGUUUUAAUGCCUCUGACAGUCGUUAAAACAAGAGUUGAAAGUGGAGUUUAUAAUUAUAGCGGAGUUACAGUAGCAUUGGGAGAUAUAUUCAGGACUGAGGGUAUCAAGGGUUUGACAAGAGGAUUGGUACCUACCAUAUUUAGAGAUGCUCCUUAUGCUGGAUUGUACUUCAUGUUCUACACGCAAUCCAAGUUGAUGGUUCCUAAAGAUAUCCAUUCAAAUUACCCAUUGGCAGUUUAUUUCGGUUGCGCUAUAGCCUCGAGCACGCUAGCGUCUCUGGCUACCCAACCGCCUGACGUUUUCAAGACGCAGUUGCAAUUGUAUCCGAAUAAAUUCAACGGAUUGUGGUCUGUGAUUAUUGACGUGUACGUAAGACACGGUAUUUUAGGUUACUUUCAAGGUAUUCUUCCUAGAUUGGUGAGACGGACGCUGGUCGCCGGCAUAUCUUGGACUUUGUAUGAGAAAAUUAUGCAAUCGUCUAAGCACAAAUAUUAAUAAUGUUUUAUAGUAUUGUUUUUACUGAUAGGUUUGUAAAUAAAUAUUUAUUUAUUCUUA